AUGAGUCUAACUUUACUUAAUAAAAAAUAUUAGGCAUUGAUGCAAAGAGAAAAACAAAUUGAAGAUCAUUUUGAUCCUGUUGUUAGACAUAAAAAAUAACAUCAUAAUAUUGAAGAUCUUCGUUAAGAUUAUUAGGAAGAUUUGGAAAAUUAUGGUAUUUUUAAUUAUAUCAAUAUAACUUCUUAGGAUUUUCGAAAUAAUCUUUCAAAGCAAAAAAAGAACAAGAAUUAGAGAAUCUAUAAAUAACUCCUGAAAAAUCUUUAAGACCUAUGACUGCUUUUAUAUCACCUACACAAAGUUCUGUUUAAAGAUAAAGACCUAUUACUGCUCCUGGACUUAAUUCAUAAACCAAAUAAAUGAUGAAAAUUGAUGAAAAUGAAGAAAUGAUCUAAUUACCAUAUCAUUCAGAAACUAAAUAUUGGAGAAACACUAAAAAAUAUGAUAAAAGUUUCAAUCAUUUUAUUUAUUAAUAGCUAAUCAAAAUGUUGUUAGAAAUCAUUCUGCAUUAAAAAAAGUAUCUCUAGGAGGUGAUUGUGAUAAUUAUAAUAUUGAAGAAUAAGAAAUCAAAAAUCAUAAUAUCAUUGAAAAAUAAAUCAUUAAAAAUAGAUUGCUCUCUCCAACAUAUGUUUCAUAAAGACAUUAAAUUAAUGACAGAGAUGUCUAAUAAUUAACUGAAGGUUUUUUUCAACAUGUUGCUUUAAUCAAAGGAACUACUACUUAAGUACAAAAAAAUAAAUAAUAACCCGGUUUCUAAUUAUAUGAUAAUCUACUUGAUUUAAUGAAACUUAUUAAUCAAGAAAAUUCAAACAAAACUCCUGUUAUCACAAAAACAUCCUCUCAAGGAUUCAGACCUUAAACUGGUGUAAGUAGAUAAAAUAAAAGCAAUUAAAAAACUAGACCCUUCAGUAGUAAACUCUAGUCUUUAGGAGUUAGAGCAUUUUAAUAAUGA